GUGAAAAGUCAAUCGGUGAAAAAGUCUUGAGAUCACCCAUCCUUGCCUUUCAUGUUAUAAGAAGUCCCAAUUUGAGUCAAUUUCAGACGAACCCUAGAUAGAAAAUAAGACAACAAUUCCCAUACGUCGUCGGUAAACCCAAUUACCGUAUGUAUAUAUAUACAUAUCCGCUUUGAUCGUCAAAUUGAAAAACCCUAGAUAGAUCAUAACAUAUAUAUAUACCUCCCUCCAGACACUUCGAUUUUGAUUGGAAUUUGUUGAAUCUUAGAGAGAGAAGAGAGAGAGACAAUGGACGAUAGCUGUGCGGUAUGCGCGGAGAGCCUGGAAUGGGUAGCUUACGGAGGGUGCGGUCACCGGGAGGUGUGCUCCACCUGCGUGGCUCGGCUUCGCUUCAUCUGCGACGAUCGACGUUGUUGUAUUUGCAAGACCGACUGCAACAUCGUCUUCAUUACAAAGGCUCUAGGAGAUUAUACCAGGAUGAUUAAUGAUUUUUCGGUCUUCCCAUCUGAGUUAAGGGAGGGUCGAAUGGGAUCAUAUUGGUAUCAUGAGGAUACACAGGGACUCUUUGAUGAUUUGGACCAUUACAAGAUGAUCAAGGCAAUGUGCAAGCUUUCUUGCAGUGUAUGCGACAAGGCAGAGGAGCAAACAAAUGAUGGCUCAAAGAGACGGGGAAAAUUUAGGAAUAUUGAGCAGCUCAAAGGUCAUCUGUUCCACCAACAUAGAUUGCUCAUGUGCAGUUUGUGUUUGGAAGGAAGAAAGGUAUUUAUUUGUGAACAAAAGCUAUACACUAGAGGACAACUUAAUCAGCAUAUAAACACUGGCGACUCUGAGGUGGAUGGAACUGAAAGUGAAAGAGGUGGCUUUAUGGGGCAUCCUAUGUGUGAAUUCUGCAGAACCCCAUUUUAUGGAGAUAAUGAACUGUACUUGCACAUGUCUACUGAACACUAUACCUGUCAUAUAUGCCAAAGGCAGAAUCCUGGGCAAUACGAGUAUUAUAAGAAUUAUGAUGACUUGGAGAUCCACUUCGGUCGAGAGCAUUUCUUAUGCGAGGAUGAGGCCUGCCUUGCUAAGAAAUUUAUCGUCUUCCAGUCUGAAGCUGAAAUGAAAAGGCAUAACGCUAUUGAACAUGGAGGACGCAUGUCUCGGUCUAAGCGUAACGCUGUUCUUCAGAUUCCGACCAGCUUCCGAUAUCGACGAAGUAAUGAGCAAGAUAACCGUCGUGGAAGGGGACGGUCAUUCCGUCGUGACGCUUUUGACAAUCAACUUUCCAUGGCUAUCCAAGCCAGUUUUGAGUUCGCUAAUGCUGAUGGCACAUUUCAUGAUUCAUUAUCAUCCAACACACAAGUAUUUCCCGAUGGUGGAGAGAUAAGUGAGAUUGAUCCUAUCAUUCAACCAUUUGAAGCCCUUGCUACAACAGAUUCUGAGCGACCUUCAAGAUACCGUCAGGCUUUGUCACAGAGCUCAAUGAAUGCACCACCACAAGAGUCUUCCUUUCCUCCCCUCCCCAUAGCACCAAGCAGCAGUCGGCAAAAAUCCAAACAUGAGCCUGAGGGCUGGAGUUCAAGGAAUGCAGCAACGCAGGAGUCUUCCUUUCCUCCCCUCCCCAUGGCACCAAGCAGCAGUCGGCAAAAAUCCAAACAUGAGCCUGAGGGCCAGAGUUCAAGGAGUGCAGCACCGCAAGAGUCCUCCUUUCCUCCCCUCCCCAUAGCACCAAGCAGCAGUCGACAAAAAUCAAAACAUGAGCCUGAGGGUGUACCUAGAAACACUAUGGCUGCAAAUCUGCGUCGCCAAAACAAUGCAAAUGUGGUUGUUAAUUCGACUCAGGCCUGGCCAGCUGCAACUCGUGGACCUGUUCUACCUGCGGCUGGUUUAAUCCGUACUAGACCUACAGCAAAUAAUGCACCUGGAUCAUCAGUUAGUUCUGUUCAAACUAUAUCGACAGCCGACAAUGCACCUGCACCUUCUAGUUAUUCAAGUAUUUCUCGGGCUCGACCGGCAUCACUUCAUGAACCUUCAUCUGCUGGUUCUUUGAGUUCCUCAAGGAAUUCAGGCAGCACCAGUAGGAUCAGCCACUCCACAUCAGCUCCUAACCUCGUUGAGACUGGAUCUUUUGGUCCUUCCAUUUCCGAUUUUCCUCCAGUCUCUGCAACACAGAUCCACAUAUCACCCACAAGUGGGCAGGCAAGGCUUAAUGUGGAAGAUGUUCACACAGCAAACAAGUCUUUGGUGGAAAGAAUCCGAGCUGCUUUACAGUUUGAUCAAGACAAAUUCACUUCAUUUAAAGACAUAUCUGCAGAAUACCGUCAAGGUUUAAUGGACACUGCGAUAUAUCUAGCGUAUGUGGAGCAGUUUGGGUUGUCACAUCUUGUUCUCGAGUUAGCUAGGCUCCUUCCUGAUGCUCAUAAGCAGAAAGAACUUGUUGAGACCUAUAAUGCGAGUUUGAGAAGUAAUGGUUCACAAGCAACUGAAAACAGUUUCAAGCAAGACAGUAAUAGUUUCAAGAAAGGUAAAGGGAAGCGUGCAGAUGCCGAAAACAGUAAUCUGAAGGAUAACUUGUCAGAUAGCAUUUUGAGCACUGUAAAGAAACUGCAGUCGAGCUACAGGCCUUCAGAAGAGGAGGUGGAAGUGUUAUCGAAGGAUGGGUACCGAGCUGGCAGAGGCAAGUCGAAGGCAAUGGUUAAUGAGCUGCAGGCAGAUUUGAGUUUACCUAGUGAAUCGUCUGUAAAGUUGAAGGGGCAAGAUGACUCCCAGUCAGCUGGUGCGAAAAGCAAGCAGCGGAAGAAAACCUCUAAGUUUCACCGAGUCCGCUUAGGUGAUGGUUCGGUGGCAGCACUUUUGGAUCUCAAAGAUUCUGAUCCUGACCCAGAUCCAGAUCCGGAUUUUAUUGAGGCAGCAAGCAAUGGGAACAAUAAUCCCACUGAAGGGUUGCCUGUGCGUGGUGUUUGGCGAAAUGGUGGAGGUCAGAAACUUUUGGCAAAAGCUCCAAGAAAUCCCAAAAAAUGAUUCAUGUUGGCCUUAAUUUUUUCUUGAAAUGUGCCAGUAGUUUAUGAUUAAGCUGGCAUUUGAAGAGAAAUUUCAUCUAUUGCUCCGUCCCAUGUGUUUCAAUAUCAUUUACGGGUUGAGCUGGUUUAUCUGAUGUUGUGAGCCUGGACAGUAAGAUACACUGUGCAGCAUGGUAAUUCUGAUCUGUGUAACAAUGUUGUGUUGAAAGGGUUUGGUGUUUCCUUGUGUUGAUUUAUAUCUUGAUGAUCAACUUUCUUUUUUCUUUUUUCUUUUUUCGGAGAUAAUUUUCUAUUUUGGAGAUGAUUUUUUGAAGUCCUCCCUUUUGAUUUUCAAGGUUAUUUUCUGGUGGUCAGAAACUCAUGUAGGUUGAAUACAGUAGCAUUGAUGGAACUGCAGAAGGCAAUUUGUUUUCA